AUGGGGAGAGCACGUAAGGCGCGGAAGUACGCGGAGGUGAAAAGACUAAUCAACCCAAAGGAGAUAAAACAGUAUCGCAAGGACGUGUUGGACCCCAAGAAACCAGACAGCGAGAAGGACAAGCUUCCACGCAAUGUCCCCAACGUGUCAUCAGCGCUAUUCUUCAAGCACAACACGGCGCUGGGUCCGCCCUACCAGGUGCUAGUGGACACCAACUUCAUCAACUUCUCCAUCUCCAACAAGCUGGAUCUAGACAAGGCCAUGAUGGAUUGCCUCUACGCCAAAUGCACGCCAUGCAUAACGGACUGUGUGUUGGCAGAGCUGGAGAAGCUCGGUCAGAUGUACCGAGUGGCGCUCAGAAUAGCCAAGUCACCGUCGUUUCUCCGCCUGCCAUGCAGCCAUGCAGGCACCUAUGCAGACGACUGCCUCGUGCAGCGAGUCACUCAGCACAAGUGCUACAUCGUGGCCACGUGCGAUCGUGAUCUCAAGCGCCGCAUCCGCAAGGUGCCGGGAGUGCCCAUAAUGUACAUAACGCAGCGCAAGUACUCCAUUGAGCGAAUGCCUGAGGCCACCAUUGGCGGAGGUACCAUCGCCUCACACCCUUCCACGCCCUUCCGCGACCUCCCACGCCCUCCCUCGCCCUCUUUCGCUCCCCCUCGCCCCCCUUCGCCCUCUCUCGCCCCCCCUCGCCCCGGCUCGCCCUCUCUCUCCCCUCCACGCUCCCCCUCGCCCCCCCUCGCCCUCCCUCGCCCCCCCUCGCCCCCCCUCGCCCUCCCUCGCCCCCCCUUGCCCUCCCUCGCCCCCCCUCGGCACCCCGAAGCCUCCCACAGCCUCCCACGCCCUCCCAUGCCUUUGCUGUGCCUCUUUCCUUCUCACAGACACUUGCAUGUUGCUCGUCUCCCCUCUGCUCCAUGUGAUCCGAACUCAACACCCUUCUGUCCAUCCCACUUCCGUCCAUCCCCCUUCCACCCACUUCCUUUCACCCAUCCCUUUUCAUUCAUCCCCCCUUUCACCCAUCUCCCUUCCCUCCGCAACCCACACCCCAAUGCAUGCGCAGCUCCUCGCAUGUAG